UUUAUGAGACAGUUUCGUUUUCCUUAUGUUUCGCCUUACUUCAUAAAUUACUUUUCUUAUCACAUUUAUUUAGUCUACUUUGUAGUAGAUCAGCAAUUGUUUCUUCAAAAUGAUCGUCGGUGCUAUUUUUUCAGUAACGUUAACUAUGCUAACUUUUACGGAAGGUUAUUGUCGUCCACAGAAAAAUGGAGAACCGCAGCAAAUUCAUCUCAGCUACACAGGCAAUAUUUCGUCCAUUUUCAUCACAUGGACUUCGUAUAGCAAAGAAGGCGAAGGCUUCGUGUUCUACCGGCCAGUGGACAGUCGGAGCGACUACAGCAGCGUAGAUGCCGUGAAAAGUACUCUUGUUCACGACGACGAGACAACUAACGACACGAGAACCACUUUCGUGUUCAAGGCCAAGCUGGAAGCACUACAGCCGGAUACAUCUUACGACUACUACGUCAAAUCCGUGGAAAGGAGCGAAUUAUUCCAGUUCCACACAUUCAAACAAGGAGACGACUUCAAACCAGUUGUAGCUAUCUUCGGAGACCUCGGAACCGAAUAUAACGCCUCAAUUCCGGCUCUCACCGAAUUAGCCGAACAUCGAGAAAUCGAUUUGGUUUUACAAACUGGCGAUCUAGCUUAUGACCUUGACGACAAUUUGGGCAAAAAGGGAGACAAAUUUAUGCAUCUAAUUCAACCUAUUGGAUCUAGAAUACCUUACAACUUCAUAGUCGGGAAUCAUGAAAAACAUAAUAACUUCAGCGAAUUUACUGGACGAUUUAGUUCGCCGGGGCCGAAUGUAUUUUACAACAGUUUCAACGUGGGCCCGAUCCAUUUUGUAGUAUUUUCGACGGAGUUUUAUUUUUACGAAGAGUUUGGCACUGAACAACUGCAGGCACAAUAUAACUGGCUGCAAGAUGACUUAACCAAGGCUAAUCUUCCAGAAAGUCGUGAAAAACAACCCUGGAUCAUAGCUUUAGGCCAUCGUCCUAUGUAUUGUACCAAUGUCAACGACUGGGACUGUCAAAAUAACAACACAAUUAGACUUGGAUACCAACAAAAAGAUUUCAAACUCGAAGAACUAUUUCACAAGCACGGAAUCGAUGUAAUAAUGAACGGUCACAAACACGAUUACGAAAGAACUCACCCAAUUUAUAAUUACACGUAUGAAAAAUCUGCAAUUUUUUACGAAUAUAAGGAUGCAAAGUACCCAAUUCAUAUAAUCUCGGGAAGCGCUGGUAAAAAAGAAUGGGCAAAAUUUAUGGAACCAGCACCGCAAUGGUCGGCUUUUAGAAGCACAGAACGAGGCUUUACUAUUUUAAGAGUUCAAGAUAGACUAAACUUGGGUUUCAUGUACUGGUCGGUGGAAAAUAACAGAACAGUAAACCCGGUUAUCGAUCGUUUUUGGUUGAUCAAGACAAGAGCGGUAAGAAAAGAUUUGAACCCAGAUGUUACUACAAAUCUGACAUCUAUUUCUACCGCUGCUCCUGAAGCGAAGCCGAAUCAGGCAAUGAAACGAAACAAUUUACUUGUAUCUGCUAUACUGGAAUCAAUGAUUUGAAAAGGGUUAAAUUAAAAUGAGCUAAUUUUUG